UUUUUAAUCCUAUUUCUCCUUAAAAAAUGGAUUAAUUAAUGUAAUUGAGUUACAGACUCUCUUGGCAUCUUCUAACUGUUCAAUGUUUGAUCGAAUUCAAGUAGCCCCACUUGCAUGCUAUGACUUUCAAAAUCUGUUCUCAAAUAUCAAAGUUCAAAUUUGCAUACAUUUUUUAUUGAGAAACGUGGGCCCAUUAAAAUAUAGAAUCGGUGAUCAUUGUCAGAACCUACCUGUUUAUAAAUCAAUGAUGAUCUGUGUACUGGAUAACUACACAAAGAAAUUAAAGAAUAUUCAAUGAUCAUUUGAACUUGUUAAAGCUGUUUGAGAAGUGUUGUUUUGUGACAAGUUUCUCAAAAAGCCAUGACAAUAUUUAGGGAAGUUCCUAAUUUCCCGGUUCUUUGCUUACUCUGUUGGCAUCUUCUAACUGUUCAAUGUUUGAUCGAAUUCAAGCAGCCCCACUUGCAUGCUUUUACUUUCAAAAUCUGUUCUCAAAUAUCAAAGCAAGUAGAUAUUUAUGUAAAGCAAGUAGAUACUUAUGUAUUUUGCAUCUUUCCCGUAAUCAAUCAAUUAGAAUCUUUCAAUCAAAGCAAGUAGAUAUUUAUGUAAAGCAAGUAGAUAUCCCACUUGCAUGCUACCUCUUUAUAACUACUACAUGAAAGCCAUGACAAUUUGUGUCCAUAGGAAGAGCAAAACAUAAUAUGGAGCUGAGCAAGAAGUAUUUCAUGCUAAUUUCUUUCUUUAUCAUAAUUUCAUCUCUUGGAAUUGAGUCUACUAAGGAGGAGCCACCAAGAACUGGCAAGCACUUUGUGCUAAUUCAUGGAGCAUGCCUUGGAGCUUGGUCUUGGUACAAGCUUGAGACACUGCUAAAAUCUUCAGGGCACAAUGUCACUGCACUAGACUUAGGCGCUUCUGGAAUCAACCCACUGCAGGCAAAUGAUCUCCAAUCAAGUUCUGACUAUUUCAAGCCUUUGAGGGACUUCAUGGAAGCUCUUCCUUUUCAUGAAAGAGUAAUCCUUGUUGGUCAUAGCUAUGGUGGGUAUGCAAUUUCUCAAGCCAUGGAAUAUUAUCCAAGUAAGAUUUCUGUAGCUGUUUUUGCCACUGCCCUCAUGCCUGGGCCGACCCUCAACUAUUCCACCCUCAAACAAAUGUCAAUGAGCCAAGAAGUCCCUCAACUUGACAAUCACUAUACAUAUGACCAAGGCCCAAACAACCCUCCAACUACUAAAAUCUUCGGGCCCUUGUCCUCAGCAUCAUAUUUGUUCCCGCUUAGUCCAAUUGAGGAUUUGACACUGGCUGCCUUGUUGUUGAGACCAUUACGUUUGUUUAGUGAUGAAGACCUGUCAAAGCAGCUAAUGCUGUCUACUAAGAAGUAUGGAUCAGUUAAAAAGGUUUUCAUCAUAGCUGAAAAAGAUAAGGCGAUAAAGAGAGAUUUUCAAUUGUGGAUGAUUGAGAGAAAUCCACCCAGUGAUGUGGUGGAGAUCAAAGGAUCAGAUCACAUGGUCAUGAUGUCUAAGACAAUAGAGCUUUGGUCUCAUCUCCAAGGCAUUGCUGAGAAAUAUUCUUAAUCCACUUUCAAUGCAUGGGACAUUGAUUCACUAGCAAUGUAUUAUAAUCAGAGAGAGAGAGAGAAUUAUAAUUUAUAAGCCAUAGCUUGUAGUAAAUAAGCCAGUGGUAUUGUGGCACAAGGCUUUCUAUGAAAAUGAUAUUGUUUUAAUAAUAAUAAAAUUUGUAUUUCUAACCUUCUACAAUAU